AUGUCAAGACCACUAGAAGAUGUACUAUUCCGUGACUAUCAAGUGAAGACAUUGGCUGCUUUUUUGCAUAGCGAUCCGAGCUUUACUCCUCCUAAUCUGGUGAUACAAGGGCAGAGUAGUAGCGGUAAGACCUACACAUUAAAAAAAUUCUUUGAGGCAAAUGAUAACCUAGUGAAUGAAUGGCUGGAGCCUAUAGAACUGGUGAGUUGGAAACCUUUGAUGCAAGCGGUGUUUAGAAAAGUUCAGAAUGGAUUGAAGUCUUUAUACCCCGAAAUCAGCAUACAGGAACAUGAUCCGCUAGACGUGGAAGAACCACACCUGUUGGUGAAGUUGUUGCAUAGUUUAUUCUCACAAUAUGAAGAGCAAGGAGACAGAUUUAGUUUUUUUCUCAUAUGUGAUGGGUUUGACCAACUUAGUGACUUGGAUGCUGCUUUAUUUCGAAAGUUUAUUAAACUCCAUGAGCUAUUACCUUCACAUUCGAAAGUUCAGCUGAAAUUCAUAUACACAAUACAAGAGUCUUCCUUUGUCGAAAAAUAUUCGUCCCAUUGUCUGCCGCUUAUUGUCUUUCCCCGGUACACUGUGAAUGAAGUAACAGAUAUUCUAAUUGCAAGUAAAGCAGAAGAGUUGGUAUUGAGUGACGCUCUUCGAGCGCGAGUGAUAAGUGAAGAAAUAACAGAGUGUACUGACGAGGAAUUCUUAGGGGUUUCAGUGAAUUUUAUCCGACUUAUUGUCCAAGCUUUCCAUUCAUAUACUGGUAAUAAUAUAUCAGCUUUGAACGACCUGAUUGAUUUUAAAUGGGAAACUUAUGCGGGAAGCAUCACAAAAGAGAACAUAUUUGAUCCCUUGGCACUUUAUAGAGCUGCAAACUCGGUUUUCUCAAGCACAGGUGAUACAUUGAGCCCUGAAGAGUCGGACGCACUGGAUACUACAACUGAAUCAUCACAGGCUUACGAGCUAUCGGAUAUCUCAAAAUAUUUACUGAUUUCAGCAUAUCUAUGCUCAUACUCAGAGCCUAGAUUUGACAGUAGUGUCUUUUCCAAGAAAUCGCAUAUUAAGACUGGUAGGUCCUCCUAUGGCCGAAGGAAGAAGAUGGAGACCAAUCCCAGAUACUUGCAACCGUCGAUAUUCCCUUUAGAAAGGUUGCUAGCCAUUUUUCAAGCCAUAUUUCCUGUCGAGCGAAAGGCUGAGAGCGGGUCGCUGGCCUUCCUCAAAGAGGAACCGUUGAUUAAGGCCAAUGUUGAAGUUUUCCAAAAUUUAGCCGAGUUGCAUUCCUUGAAGCUUAUAUCAACGACGGUGGGCAGAAAUAUUGACUUCUUAAACUAUAAAAUCAAAUGGAGGGUCAACGUACCCUGGGAAAUCAUAAAUGAGGUGGGCAAAUCAGUCGAUUUCGAUGUCGGACAGUAUUUUGGUGGACAAGAAUGA